AUGUCCCACACUGUGUCCCACGCCGAGGAUGGAAUUCCAACGCCUUUGCUUGUGGCUCAUCGAUCCACACUCCCCAACUUCCUGUACAUCCUCUCAUUCGCCCCGCCAGUCCCCUCGCUUCUCCGUCAACCUCGAGCGUUUGCUGUCCACCCUUACACGCUGUAUGUCACCGGAGUGAUAACAGCUACGAUUGCUGGUCUAGGUCUACCGGCAUUUGAUAUAGUAUUCGGCUUUUGGACCAAUGGUAUCCGAGAAGGAGCUCCGAGCGAGAUCCGCGGUCGUGGUGACAGCUCAGGUCUAAUCAUGACGAUCGUCGGUGUCGUCUUCUUCAUAUGUACAACAGUGUUCCUCACAUGCUUCAUCACUGCCGCGAUCAAGCUUUCCGAUGCGGCCAGGCAGAAAUACCUUGAAGCAAUCAUGGUACAGGAUCCCGCCUUUUUCGAUCGAGUGGGAUCCGGCGACAUCGCCACGAGAGCGAGAAAGGAUAUCGACUCAAUGCGAAUCGGUAUGGGAGAACGUCUAGGUUACUUGUGCUGGUCCCUCAGUACCAUCCUAGCCGCAUUUGUGUCCGGUUUUGCCCAUACCCCCCGUCAAGCGGGCUUCCUAUUCACCCUCAUUCCAACUACCAUUCUUUUACUCUUCGGCCUGGGUGUCGUAACGGAUAAGAUUUCUGCCCGUCAGAGUGCACUUGAUGGACGCAUCUCCUCACACAUCGAACAAGUCCUUUCAUCCAUUCGCAUUGUUCACGCAUUCGAUAUGGCGCCAGCUCUGCUGACCAGGAUGGAGACUGCACUACUUCGACCCUGGCGUAAGUUGACCAAGCGAUUAUCUCUCGUCAAGGCCAUAGAGCAAGGGGCGGUAUUCGGAGCGGGUCUCAUUGUAUACUCAAUGUCCUUUUGGUUCGGGGGAAGGGAAGUAGCGUCAGGGACCUCGGUUGGCAAUGUGUUGACAACAUUUUACAACUUUGUGAACAUUUUCUUCGCAGCGGCAGGUAUGGUCCCCCAUUUCAUCGCGACUACCAAUGCCAUCCGCGAUCUGGGAAACAUUCGACUUCAGAUCGAGCGAGAGCCUUUGAUCGACAUCCGCAGCCCAGAUGGUCUCCGCUUCGAUGCUGACUGGCAACCUUCGUUUGAAUUGGACGGCGUGACAUUUGCCUACCCCUCCAGACCUAUGCACGCUGCACUGAACAAUGUCAGCUUCCGCAUCGAGGCGGGCAAAUUUACCGCUAUGGCUGGUCCCAGCGGUAGUGGCAAAUCUACCAUUGGAUCGCUCCUGCAGCGUAUGUACGACCCGGAAUCACUGACCCACGACGUCGAACGUGACGCUGCCAUUCUGAAGUCGCUUGAUGAGGGCAAAAUGCCUAUAUCUGGUCCUCACAUUACCAGUUCUGGUACGAUUCGCAUGUCUGGCAGGAACAUCAAGGAUUUCAAUGUUACUUGGUUGAGAUCUCAGGUGGCAGUCGUCCUGCAAAAUCCCCAGCUCAGCUCAGGUACCAUUUACGAAAAUGUCGCCGCUGGCCUGAUUACACGAAGUGAAAAUGAUUCUGCUCUUAUCGAAUCCGCUCUUCGCAAGGCUCAGGCAUGGGACUUCGUUUCUGAGCUUCCAAAGGGUCUUCACACUGAAAUCACUGGCGAGCGGACGGGACUACUUUCUGGAGGUCAGGUCCAACGUAUCGCUAUCGCCAGAGCUCUUGUCCGACGACCAAAAUGUCUGCUACUUGACGAAGCGACCUCGGCUGUGUCAGCCGAUACCGAGGCCAAGAUUCAAGAAUCGCUCAUCGCUGAGCAAAAGGAGACCGGCAUGACGAUGAUUGUCAUCGCGCAUCGUUUGUCCACCCUCAUCAACGCCGAUACCAUUAUUGUCAUGCGAGACGGUAGCGUGGUACAGAGCGGGACUUAUGACGAGCUCGUCUCACCAUCGUGCCCUGAUCCAACUUUUCGACUCAUGGUCGAGGCAAAGCCGACGGUUACCAAACACCUGCCAUCAACGUCCACCGUGGUCUCCGAAAAGGGAGAAUCGAUACACGAAACAUUGGAGUAUCCUUACAUCCUUCCACCGGCGCCUUCAUCUCCCUGGCACGUCUUUCGAUCCAUCGCCCCCAUUCUGAUCCCGAGUGCCUUCCUUGGAAUCGUACUCGGUGGCGCCUUUACUGCCAUCGGCUAUCUGCAAGGUCAAGGCGUGGCGGCGCUCAACAAUCCAGAUCUUCAUGAGAUGAGACGCGAAGUUAAUCGAUGGGCCCUAUGGUUCCUGGUAGUCGCUCUUGUAUCUGGUCUCUCGUCUUUCCUCUUCACCUUUGGCAUCGAAUGGGCGGGUCAGAAGCUUGUCGCAGAUCUCAAACGAGAGAGUGUUCGGGCCCUGUCUCGCCAAGAAGUGGCAUUUUUUGAAAAGACCAAGACUGGUUCCGGCUCGCUGACUGCCGCUGUCGCUUCGAACACUUCCAACGUAGGCAACUUUGUCGGUGUCGUCCUUGCCUCGGUCAUCAUGUCCUUGUCAAAUUUUGUCGGCACAGUGGCUCUUGCCUUCGCCUUGAGCUGGCGACUCGCGGCCAUGGUUAUUGCUCCCCUUGUCCUCGCAAGUGGCAUCGGUUAUCUCAAUUUCCGAUUUCUUGAGCGGUUCGAAGAGACUACCAACGAGCAAUCGGACGAGCAGGCCGCAUUUGUCGCCGAGAGUGUCAACUCUAUCGGGACCAUUGCUUCUCUGUCGCGAGAGGCUGAGACCAUGCGCCAAUUUGAAGCCAAGUUUGCCAAAAAGUCGAUCGACAUGAAGAAUCUCAUAGGAGCAAGUGCGACCAUGGGCUUCAUUCAGGCUGUCGUUGACUUGUUCGGAGCAUUGAUAUUCUGGUGGGGUGCUACAUUAGUCAGCGAGAAGCGUGUGGACCUCGCGAGUCUCUUCGCCGUCGUAGAAGCAGUUCUCGUAACGCUAUACGUGUGCCCGAAAAUGUUAACGUAUGGAGGAGACUUUCAACGGAUGAGGAAAGCCAUGCGGACGAUCAAGGAAUGGAUGGAUCGAGCGCCCAUACAGGCCACGGCACCUGACGUAGAUGAUGGUGAAAAGUCAUCUGGGCUGGUUCUUCACGAUAUUGCCCUUCAGUACCCCUCCCGCCCCGAUGUGACUGUCCUUCAGGGUAUUCACGCGCACUUCGAGGACGAGAGGUCUUACGCAUUCUGUGGCACGAGUGGAGCCGGGAAGAGCAGUAUCCUCGCUAUCCUGGAGCGUUUCUACGAGCCGAGUAGUGGAAAGAUCACCCUCGACGGCAGAGAUGUCCGAUCAAUGUCUCUGGCCGAGUUGCGUGGUGAAAUUGGCUAUGUCAGUCAAGAGCCUAUCUUAUUUGAAGGAUCUGUGCGAUUUAAUCUCGAGCUCGGCCUGAAACCGGGCUCUCGCGCAUCGGAAGGGGAUCUCGAAUGGUCUCUCAAGCAAGCAAACAUUCUUCCAUUCGUACACAAUUUGCCAGAGGGCAUCGAUACAGACUUAGGUAUGAAAGGCAGGCGUUUGAGUGGUGGUCAGAGACAGGCAAGUGAUCGACUCUGCAUCGCACGAGCUCUCUUGCGCAAACCUAGAAUCCUUUUGCUGGACGAAGCGACUAGCGCAUUAGACGGUGAAAGCGAGGCAGCGGUCCAGACAGCCUUGGACAUGGCAUCCGCUGGACGCAUGACAAUUACCAUCGGUCAUCGUUUGUCAUCCAUUAUUGGCGCCAACGUCAUCUACGUUAUGGAUCAGGGUAAGAUCGUCGAGACUGGUACACACGACGAGCUUGUUGGGAGGAAAGGCAAAUACUUUGAGCUGGUGCAAGCACAAUUGUAG